AUGGUUCACUCCGUCUAUAUGUUUGCGUCGGUGGAAUACUCUCAAGUCUUUGACGCCGCGCUUCAAGUUCUGUACCUCAAGUUCUGUACCUCAAGUUCUGGCCAUGGGCAUCUCUCCGAUGAUAUUGCUACCCAGACCAGGGUUACAAAGCUUCACGCCAAGCUUGACGUCCUUGACAGGAUUCUUGCGACUCAGGACUAUCUCGGCGGUGCAGAGUUUACUGUCGUGGAUAUACUCUACAUGCCGGCUAUGCAAAUGCUUCGCCAAGCUGGCCAGAUCUACCUCAGAGCAGCGUGCAAACAUCGAUUCUUGGUGAAAUAG